AUGGAGCUUCUUCACGAUCUUGCGUUGCAGAUACCAUGGCUCUUUUACCGAACAGAUCAAUGGGUUGAUGGGCUUGAGAAUUAUGCCUCCAAUGAUUCCAACCGCGGGAAAAUCUCAGACCCCCCGAAGCAACAGCUAGAAACCGCUCUCUCGCUUUUAAAUGAUUACUGGGCGGUCUUUGAUCAAAUGGAAGAGUGGCAAAACAACUGGAAAGCUUCCGAACAAGGCCCCCUGUAUUGGUAUUCUGGUACCCCAAUGCCCAGCAAGGUGAUCGAGGUCGACCCAGUUUGUAUACCUUCAUUCCCGGAUGAAACGUACCAAGUCCGCUUCCAAAAUACCCAAAAGGCAGGACUUGCUGCUACCUUCUGGUCAUUUAAGCUGGAACUUCUUAUCGGAAUGAUCAAACUCCAGAGAAACUUAUUCGGCACACAAGUUGAAUCAUUGGAACAGAACCUUGCCAUGGCAAAAGAAACAUCUUCUCUGAUUCUGCAAACCGCGCCAUACCUUACAAGUUGUUUUGAGGGUGCAGUGGCUUCAAAGGCAGCGCUUCGAGCUACAAGGAGAUACUUCGAGCUGGGAGCUUUGAAGCAAGACUUCGAUUCACCGUUAACUAGCAUGAGAGCGUGA